GGCCGGGGUGAAAGUUCAGGACAGGCGUUGUGGCUCUUAUUGAGGCAGCAGCGUCUGAGUCUAAAAGGCCAAAUUCUGAGCCACUUGCACAACCUCCAGCCAGACUAGCUUUGAAACGAGCCUGGAGUCCCGCAGAGUUUUACUGGGCUCAAGAGGGGGCUCGCUCCGCUGCAAGCUUAAGCCCGGGGGCGGGGCGGGGCGGAGGGUCGGCCGCGCGCGCAACCUGCCGAGGGGGGCGGUGCCGGCCAAGUUGACGUUAACCAUGGAAACGCAGAGCGGGCUGGGCCGCCGCGGCUGUGAGCUGAUGGUUGGGCCGCAGCAUCUUCACUGUCUUUGCUCUCUGGCCAAAAUCUCCCACCCGGAGGGAAUGUCCAACCCGGGUUCAGCCGCAAAAAUGCUGUCCCCGGGAUGCCAUCGCAUCGCUUCUUCUCUCUGGUGACUCGAGAGACUGCCAUGCUAUGGAAAAGGAUGUGAUUCUCAGAAGAAUCCCAUGUAAGAAGAAUGAGUCCAAAUGUGCCACUGCUGAAUGAUUACAAGCAGGACUUCUUUUUGAAGCGCUUUCCACAGACUAUUCUUGGAGGCCCUCGAUUCAAAUUAGGCUAUCGUGCCCCUUCUUACAUAUAUGCUAAUCAGAUUAUCCUUUUUCUGAUGCCAUGGAUUUGGGGUGGAAUAGGAACACUUUUGUACCAAUUUGGCAUCCUGGAAGACUAUUACACAGCGGCACUUUCAGGCGGACUAAUGCUUUUCACAGCAUUUAUCAUCCAGUGCACAAGUUUACAUGCAAGAAACAAGUCAGUGACAGUAGAAAGAAUGCUCGCCACAGAUAUCUUAGCAGAGGAAGAUGAACAUGAAUUUACAAGUUGUGCUGGUACUGAGACUAUUAAAUUUCUAAUUCCUGGCAAGAAAUACAUAGCCAAUACAGUUUUUCAUUCUUUUCUUGCUGGGCUAAUGUGUGGUCUUGGGACAUGGUAUCUGCUUCCAAACAGGAUAACCCUGCUAUAUGGCAGUCUAGGAGGCACUGUUCUACUGUUUAUCUUUGGCUGGAUAACAUUAUGUAUAGGAGAGUAUUCAUUAAUUGUUAACACAGCUACCGAGACUGCAACCUUCCAACCCCAGGAUACUUAUGAAAUAACUCCUCUAAUGAGACCUCUUUAUAUUUUUUUCUUUGUUUCUGUAGAUCUUGCACACAGGUUUAUGGUAAAUAUACAAGCUCUAGGACAUAUGAAUCAAAUUUUACACAUCUUAUUUAUAUGUUUACCUUUUCUGUGGGCACUUGGUACUCUGCCCCCUCCAGAUGCACUUUUUUUAUGGGCAAUGGAACAGGUUUUAGAGUUUGGCCUUGGAGGAUCAUCCAUGUCAACCCACCUACGGUUAUUAAUAAUGUUCAUCGUUUCUGCUGGAACAGUUAUAAUAUCAUAUUUUAUUCCGAACACUGUUGGUGUGGUUCUUUUCAUGACUGGACUUGGAUUCUUACUGAGUCUUAACCUAAGUGAGAUGGUUUUUUCCUUCAAAUGUAGAAUUGAAACCAAAUCCAAGGCUUUACCCAGUGGUUCAGAUAAACAGUUUAUUUGGAAAAGAUGCUUUUUCUACAUCAUUGUACUAGUCUUGGCUCUCUUAGAAACUGGUUUGUUGCAUCACUUUGCUGGUUUCUCACAGAUUUGCAAAACCAGUCCUCAAGCAAUCGUUGGCUACUUAUUGACAAUACUACUUAUAGCACUAUGGAUACUUAGAGAAAUUCAAAGUGUCUAUAUUUUUGGAGUUUUCCGAAACCCUUUCUAUGCAAAGGAUGUACAAACUGUGACUUUAUUCUUGGAGAAGCAAACAGGACUAAUGAGGAUUGGUGUUGUCAGAUGGAUUUUGCUAGAUCUAGUGUCACCUUUUGCUAUGAUAGCAUUUCUUUCAUUGGAUAGUUCCUUACAAGAGCUUCACUCUGUGUCCAUCUCAGUUGGAUUCACAAGAGCUUUUAGAAUGGUGUGGCAGAAUACAGAAAAUGCUUUGUUGGAGACGGUCAUUGUGUCAGCACUGCACUUGCUUUCUAAUGCUGAUGUGUGGUGGAACAAAAACUUGGAUACAGGGAUCAGACUGUUACUGGUUGGAAUCAUUCGAGAUCGUCUGAUUCAGUUAGUCUCUAAAUUGAAGUUUGCUGUGACUGUACUUUUGGCAUCAUGGAUGGAGAAGAAACGUCGAAAAUCAACCACCAGUUUAUGUAUAUUCAACAUUGUUUUCUCUCCAUUUGUGUUGGUCUUAAUAGUUAUUUCUACACUACUCUCUUCUCCCUUACUCCCCCUCUUCACCCUUCCUUUGUUUUUGGUGGGGUUUCCUCGACCUCUUCAGAGUUGGCCAGGAACAGUGGGUACCUCAGCCUGCUUGUGUCCAGAUACAGUGUACUACUGCCAGAUGAUCCCAAGUUUGACCACUGCACUGCAGUCUGCAAUGGCAGCUGGAAGUUUAGGUCUCUUACCUGGGUCUCAUUACUUGGGCCGUUUUCAAGAUCGUGUAAUAUGGAUAAUGAUUCUGGAAUGUGGUUAUACUUACUGUUGUAUUAACAUUAAGGGGUUAGAAUUGCAAGAAACAUCUUGUCACACCACUGAAGCACGAAGAGUUGAUGAAGUAUUUGCAAGUGCCUUUGAACAAGAAGAAUACACAAGAGUAUGUUCCGUUAAUGAACACUUUGGAAAUGUCUUGACACCCUGUACUGUUUUGCCUGUGAAAAUCUAUUCUGAUGCCAGGAACAUCUUAUCUGGUAUAAUUGAUUCUCAUGAUAAUUUAAAUGAAUUUAAAGGUGACCUUAUUAAAGUGCUAGUGUGGAUACUUGUUCAGCAUUGCUCCAGAAGGCCCAGCAUACAAGACACUGCUUACCAAAACGAAAAGAUGGGAAAAGCCUCCCUGACAGCCCCACCUGCUUUAAAUACUUCACCACAAACUGAAUCUUCAGAAGACACAAAGAGUAUAAAUUCAGAAACUCUUGAUGACUGGCCUGAUGAUAAUGUUUUUGGUGACGAGACAACUAUCAAAAAAGGAAAUCAAGAGAAAGACCAGUUGAAAGCUUUUCCAGGUAUACACCUGCCUAUUCCAGGUUCAGUGGAAUCACGAGUGGUAGACGAUCAUUCCAUAGGCACAGCUCCUGAAAGCAGCCUUUAUAAAGCCGUUAUGUUGGGAUACCCUGCUGUCGACAAAGGGAAACAAGAAGACAUGAUGCAUAUCCCUCUCAUGGAGUUCAGCUGUUCUCAAUCUCAUUUGUUAAGCUUACCUGAAGAGUGGACUUCUAGCUGUUUGCCUAAUUCCAAAAUAAGAGAGAUGAGCUCAUUAUUUCCAGAAGACUGGUAUCAAUUUGUUUUAAGGCAGCUGGACUGUUUUCAUUCAGAAGAAAAUGCCUCAAAUGUAGUAGAAGAUAUUGGAAAGGACAGUGUUUUAAAAGACUUUUAUAUUCAUGCAGUAAUGACUUGCUGUUUUAGUUUAUUUGGCAUAGACAAUAUGAUUCCUACUCCUGGCCAUAUUCUCAGAGUUUACAGUGGUGUGUUGCCUUGGUCUCUUGCCUUGGAUUGGCUUACUGAAAAGCCAGAACUGUUCCAACUAGCACUGAAAGCUUUCAGAUAUACUCUGAAACUAAUGAUUGAUAAAGCAAGUUUGGGUCCAAUAGAAGACUUUCAGGAGCUGAUCAACUACCUUGAAGAAUAUGAAAAUGACUGGUAUAUUGGUGUAGUAUCUGAUGAAAAGUGGAAAGAAGCAGUUUUACAAGAAAAACCAUACUUGUUUUCUCUGGGAUAUGAUUCUAAUAUGGGUGUUUAUACUGGGAGAGUACUUACCCUUCAGGAAUUAUUGAUCCAACUUGGAAAGUUAAACGCUGAAGCUGUCAGAGGUCAAUGGGCCAAUCUUGCAUGGGAAUUGCUUUAUGCCACAAACGAUGAUGAGGAACGUUACAGUAUACAAGCUCACCCACUACUUUUAAGAAAUCUUACAGUGCAAGCAGCAGAGCCUCCCCUGGGAUAUCCAAUAUAUUCUUCAAAACCUCUUCAUAUACAUUUGUAAUAGAAUCAGUUUGACUGUGACAUAUUAUCAUCAGAUGUGAUGUUUUAUUUUUUCAUUUUAGAAAAAUAUAAUUGUGAUUCCUCAUAACUUCACUGACAUCCCUCGCUUCUGCUGCAAGUCAGAUGCCUGAGAAAAGCUUAGGCCUAUAAAGAUGAUUAUGUUAGCUGUCUUAAUGAUUGUGUCCAACAGAAGUUAAAACUAGUUGGGCAAUAGCUGUACCCUGUGCAGUGUGAUAGGCCUUCCAAAUAUAAAACAUUUUUAUAAAAUUAGGUUAUGAAUUUUUAAUGUUUUUUUAAAUGUAUGAUAAGGUCACUUGCCUUACAGAAGUCAAAAACUGUAAUUUUCUAUUCUUUAUACUCAUAUCAGUGUUUUUUAUUGAGACUUAUGUAAUGUGUAUAUAUACAUAUGCUUAUUUAUUUGAAAUUAAAUUUUAUAUGAUUUUAAACUUUGUGUUUUAUUUUAACAUUUAACA